AUGAAGGCUCCAAAUCCAUCUUUUAAUGCAUUUUCUUCCGAAUUCUAUGCUUAUCACCUCCAAACGAGACUCAAACUGAGAGACCCUUUUGCCGGAAAAUCAAUCCACGCUCAAAUUAUCAAAUCCGGGAUUUACAUGAGCGUAUUCUUGAUGAAUAACCUUAUGAAUUUUUAUGCUAAAAGCAGGUCUGUUUCGGAUGCUCACCGCUUGUUCGACGAAAUGCCUGUGAGAACUACGUUCUCUUGGAACACGAUUCUCACAGCGUACGCGAAGCGGGGGAGGUUUGACGAAGCCCUCCAGAUUUUCCAAGAAAUGCCAGAGCGUGAUUCUGUUUCUUGGACUGUGAUGAUUGUGGGUUAUAAUCAGAUGGGUCGGUUUAGUAGUGCUAUGAGGAUGUUUGUAAAGAUGAUUUCGGAUAAAGUUCCAAUUACCCAGUUCACGGUUACUAACAUUCUUGCCUCGUGUGCUGCCGUUGAGUCUUUGGACGUCGGUAGGAAGGUUCACUCUUUUGUUGUUAAAAGCGGGUUGAGUGGUUAUGUGUCUGUAGUGAAUUCAUUGCUAAACAUGUAUGCAAAGUCCGGGGAUCCAACAAUGGCGAUGGUUGUUUUUGAUCGGAUGAGGUCAAAAGACAUUUCGAUUUGGAAUUCUAUGAUUUCUUUGCAUAUGCGAUCCGGUCGUAUUGGCCUUGCUCUUUCUCUAUUUGAGAAAAUGACUGAACGAGAUGUAGUUACUUGGAAUGUAAUUAUCACGGGAUACAAUCAGCAUAGACUAGAUUCGGAAGUACUCGCUUUCUUCUCAAACAUGCUGAAAGCUUCUCCUUUUAAACCCGACAAGUUCACAUUGGCAAGCGUUUUGUCAGCCUGUGCCAACCUUGAGAAGUUGGAACUUGGAAAACAAAUUCACACACGAAUGAUAAGGAAUGCGUUUGAAAUCUCUACAGCUGUGGAAAACGCUUUGAUAACGAUGUAUGCCAAAUGUGGUGGGGUUGAGAUUGCGAAAAGGAUUUUAAAGCAAAGCAAGACUUCAGAUGUCAACGUUAUAGCUUUUACAGCCCUGUUAGAUGGAUACAUAAAGGUUGGGGAUAUAAAACCAGCCAGAAAGAUCUUUGAUUCAUUGAAAUACCGUGAUGUGAUUGCGUGGACAGCCAUGAUUGUAGGCUAUGUACAGAAUGGGCUAAACAAUGAUGCACUGGAUCUCUUCAGAUUGAUGGUGAGAGAAGGCCCUAAACCAAACAACUAUACCCUGUCAGCGGUUUUAAGUGUUAGUUCCACUUUGGCAUCUUUGGAUCAUGGCAAACAAAUUCAUUCAAGUGCCAUAAGAUCAGGGGAAGUGUCGUCGGUUUCUGUGAGCAAUGCUCUAAUCACUAUGUAUUCUAAGAGUGGAUCCAUCUCCGCUGCAAAGAAAGUAUUUAAUUUGAUGCGCUGGAAAAGAGAUACCGUGACUUGGACUUCCAUGAUUAUAUCCUUAGCUCAACACGGCCUUGGAGAAGAAUCAGUUGAACUUUUUGAGACGAUGCUUGCGCUUGGUAUUAAACCUGAUCAUAUAACUUACGUCGGUGUGCUCUCUGCUUGCACACACGUGGGAUUGGUGGAUCAGGGAAGGAGCUACUAUAAUUUGAUGAGAAAUGUACACAAGAUUGAACCCACCCUGAGCCAUUACUCCUGCAUGAUUGACCUGUUUGGCCGUGCCGGGUUGCUUCAAGAAGCAUUCGAUUUUAUAAAAAGCAUGCCAAUUGAACCCGAUGUUGUAGGCUGGGGUUCUCUUCUGUCUGCUUGUAGGGUUCAUAAGAAUGUUGAUCUGGCUAAAGUUGCAGCAGAAAGAUUGCUCGCAAUUGAGCCCGAAAAUAGCGGGGCCUACUUAGCCCUCGCUAAUGCAUAUUCAGCUUGUGGAAAAUGGGAGGAUGCUGCAAGAAUUCGAAAGUCAAUGAAGGAUAGGGGAGUGAAGAAGGACCAAGGAUUUAGUUGGCUUCAGAUUCGAAACACUGUCCAUGUAUUUGGCGUCGAAGAUGGCCUUCACCCACAGAAAGAUGAUAUCUACAAAAUGAUGGAGAAGAUUUGGAAAGAAAUAAAAAAGAUGGGUUUUAUACCAGACACUCAAUCAGUAUUACAUGACCUUGAGGACGAGGUGAAAGAGCAGAUUCUUCGACAUCACAGUGAAAAAAUAGCCAUUGCGUUUGGACUGAUAAGUACUCCGGAGAAUACCACUCUAAGAAUCAUGAAGAACCUUAGAGUCUGCAAUGACUGCCAUUCUGCCAUAAAAUUUAUCUCCAGGCUUGUGGGCAGAGAAAUAAUUGUGAGAGAUACUACUCGUUUUCAUCAUUUCAAGGACGGUUCGUGUUCGUGUCGAGAUUAUUGGUAGGCACGAACGGAGAUUUCGAGGAUAAGUUUUACAGAAUAAUCGGUUUGCUGUUUUUUGUCGGAAAUUUUUAUGCUUGACCAGAAAAAAGGUCAUCCUCUAAGCAAAGAACAAACGGAUUGCCUACAAAUGUUCUUUUGCUGCAUCCAUGAUUGUUGCUUCCAUAGCUGCAAUUUAUGAGCACAG